AUGAGCAAACAAAUAAUUUUAGCAAUUUUACGAGGUAGUAAAGAUUACAAUAAUGACCCACAAUAUGGAGAGGGAAAAGUCGAAAGCAUUAAAGAAGAAGUCAAAGAGUUAGGAAUAGAAGUAGAUUUAAUUGAAGAACACUUAUCAGAGGAAAAAGCCCAAAGUUUUUACAUAAGGGUCUCCACCCAAAACAACAAUCAGAGAGAACCCGAAACUUCCACCGGAAAUAGCAACGGAAAUUAUAACUUUUUUACCCUCGAAAAUAUUAAUGACCCAAAAAAGCAAAAAGCCGAAAUGGAAAAAGAUAUUAUUAAUCAGAACUGGGAAGAAGGAGUUCGAAAAUUAAUUAAAGGCCAAGGGAAUGGAGAUGAUGUAGGAUUUAAUGCAGUUGAGGAAGAAAUUUUUUUAGAUUUCGAUGAAACUUUUUUUUCCAAAGCAUGUUUAGUGCCUAGGAUUAAAUCUAUUUAUGAAAAUUUAGAAACACUUAUAAAAGAAAGUUUUUCAAUUCCGUUAUCCCGAGACGAUAAAGAUUUUAUUAUAACUAAAAUAGAAACUAAGUUCAAAAUUGAACUAAUGGAAAAGCAGAAAAAUAAAGUUAAAAGUUUAGCCAAAUAUUUAACUCGUCUAGCAAUUGAGGAACUUCUGACCGAAAAUCCCUUGGAACAAAAUGUCAAUCAAACCAGACAAAAUUCAGCGGCAGAAGCGAAGGCUUUGAAACUAAAAGAAAUUUUGAGUAAAUAUAAGGUAGAAUUAGACCUUAAUAGAAUUAAAGAAAUAGUUUGCGAAGCUUGGCAGGUUUUCCAUGCUGAAAAUAUUAAAAAUCUGGCUGAUAAAAAUUUGUCAGAGGAGAAAAGGAGAGAGGCAUUAGAAGAAUUGGAAAGAAAAGAGGGAAAAAAUAGUUAUCAAAACAAAAAGACUGAAUUUCAAAAUUCUAAAAAAGAACUUUUUAACCAAAAUCCUAGUGAGUAUAAAAAAACCAUGGCCAAAGUUUUUAAAAAGAAACUAAUCAUUAAUGAAUUGGAUGAAACCCCUGAACUAGUUAACUUAGUAAAUGAAUGGGAAAGCAGUAAUUUUGACAAUUAUGAGAAAAGCGAAGUUUUGGAAAAUAAAGUGAAACAAAAAAUCGGUCAAACCGCAGCCAGCAAUAAAAUAAAUAAAAUCGAAAGUAGAAUUGAGAAAGCCAUAAAAUCCGGCAAUAAGUCGGAAAUGUUGUCAGUUUUAAAAGUUUUAUUGGCAAUUGUUAAAGAUACUAGCGAGGACAUUUAUUUGUCCGAAUACAAAAAUCAAACCCAAAACUGA